UUUGAUACCAAACACAAGAGACGGUGCAGUACACUGAGAAGUACUGAAUAUGUUCCUAAAAAUUGUAGUUAUUCUCUCUGCAGCAGCCUGCAUCGAGGCAGAACGAAGUAAUACUUUCUGUCAUAUCUACGGAUGCUUUGACUCAAGUGAUACUCAACUCAGUGCAACACUGGAUGGUGAUGAAAUAUACUAUGCUGACUUUAAAAAAGAUCUUCUGAUUUGGGACAGCAAACUACCCACAAAUGUUCGUCCUGAGUACGCUUACACAUAUGCGGUAUUAUAUCGAAGUAUUUGCAAAACUAACAUCGGCAGAUGGAAAUCAGACAAGUCAGUGAUAAAGAAAAAAGAGCCACCACAAAUCAUCAUCUACCCCAGAGAUGAAGUGAUAGCCGGGGAAGAUAAUACCCUCAUCUGCUUCAUCAACUACUUCUUUCCUCCUUCAAUCAAAAUAACGUGGACCAAGAAUGAUGUCAUAGUUAGCGUGGAAGACCCUUUCAUCAAAUGUUUGUCCAAUCCUGACGGGACUUCUUAUGUUUUCUCCAACCUCGACUUUGUCCCAGAGAAAGGAGACAUCUACAGUUGCACUGUGGAUCAUGAAGCACUGGAGGAACCUCAGACCAGGCUUUGGGAGGUUGAAACUGAUGAGAUCAGCACUGGUCCGGCUGUUUUCUGUGGACUUGGCCUGAGUCUUGGAGUUCUUGGAGUUUUUGGAGGAAUAUUCUUUUUUGUGAAAGCAGGCCACUCUGGUGCUGCCAGAUGAGAUGUUCAACACAUUUUAUACAGAUUGCAAAGUCUUUAGUUUAUUUCCUGCAGGCAUGACUUUCAUCUGUGGUUACUGACAAACCUGAAGUGGCUCUUACUGUCAUCAUUUGUGUUAUCACUGUAUUCUGUAUAUUUGUUAGUACUUCU